GUUUUCGGAAUUCAGUGUUCAAUCAAAAACAACACUAAAGAAAAGAAGGAAAGAGAAAAAAAAAAAUGGAGAGCUGGUUCAUCAUCGUCUUCUCCCUCUGCAUCUGCUAUUUGCUCAUCAAAUCCAUUUUCCGCCAUUUCCGAAGCUCCACCAGGAAUCUCCCACCAGGCCCUCCCUCGUUUCCCUUCGUCUCCACUUUCCAAUGGCUCCGCACAUCCCCUCUACAAAUGGAAUCCAUUCUCCGCCGCUCCGUCGCCAAAUACGGCCCCAUCGUCACCCUCCGCAUCGGCCCCCGCCCCACCGUCUUCAUCGCCGAUCCCACCAUUGCCCACAAAGCUCUGGUUCACAAUGGCGCUCUCUUCGCCGACCGUCCACCGGCGGCCCCCUUGUCCAGGAUCCUCUCCAGCAACCAGCACAGCAUCAAUUCCGCCCCUUACGGCCCUCUCUGGCGCCUCCUCCGCCGCAAUCUCACUUCCGAAAUCCUCCAUCCUUCGCGGGUCAGGUCCUACGGUCGAGCUCGCAAGUGGGUUUUGGAUAUUCUUCUCAAUCGGCUCCUCUCUCACUCUGAAUCGGGAACCCCCGUUUGUGUUGUUCACCACUUUCAAUACGCCAUGUUUUGCUUGUUGGUUCUGAUGUGCUUUGGGGAUAAGCUUGGCGAAACCCAGAUCAGAGAAGUCGAGAACGCGCAGCGCACGAUGCUGUUAAAUUUUAGGCGGUUUGGCAUCCUCAAUUUGUGGCCGAAAUUGACCAAGAUUUUUCUCCCAAAUCGCUGGGAGGCGUUUCUCGAACUCAGAAGGAACCAGGAGAGAGUCAUAAUCCCUCUGAUUGAAGCAAGAAGAAAGGCCAAGCAAAACAGAGCAAACAGAGCCCAAAUGGAAGGAAAAGAAGAAGAAGAAGAAUUCGUGGUGUCAUAUGUUGACACACUCCUCGAUUUGAAGCUGACCGACGAGGAAAAUAGAAGCCUAACAGAUGGCGAAAUGGUCACUUUAUGCUCCGAAUUCCUCACCGCCGGCACCGAUACCACGGCCACGCCCUUGGAGUGGAUAAUGGCGAAUUUAGUGAAAUACCCAGAAAUCCAACACAAGCUUUACGCAGAAAUCAAGGGAGUUAUGGGGGAAAGAGAGGAGAAGGUGAAGGAAGAAGAUGUGGGGAAAAUUCCAUAUCUGAAAGCCGUGGUCCUAGAGGGAUUGCGCAAACACCCACCUGGGCAUUUCCUACAAGCACGAGAAGUGAAGGAAGAUAUCAAAUUGGAAAAUUACGUGAUACCCAAAAACGGGAUUGUGAAUUUCAUGGCGGCGGAGAUGGGUCGGGAUCCGAAAGUGUGGGAAGAUCCGACGGCGUUUAAGCCGGAGAGAUUUCUAGAGGGGGAAGAAGUGGCGUUUGAUGUAACAGGGAGUAAGGAGAUAAAAAUGAUGCCGUUCGGAGCAGGAAGGAGGAUCUGUCCAGGGUAUGUUCUGGGGAUCCUUCAUUUGGAAUAUUUCAUUUCGAAUUUGGUAUGGCGGUUUCAAUGGAAGGCCGUCGCCGGAGACGACGUCGAUAUGUCGGAGAAGAUAGAUUUCACGUUCGUGAUGAAAAAUCCUCUCAAAGCCAACAUAACUUCGAGGUUUUAAGUUAAGUUGCGUCGAUUUUACCCUAUUUUGUUUUACCAUCUCUAAUCUUAACUACAUAUUCUGAGUGUAUGUUUUUUAUCUUUCUAUCAGUACUAAAACAAACCUGGUUUGUAAUUGACA